CCUACCUGUCGAAGGUGAAAGGUUAAGUUUGUUUAUGUGGACAAUAUGGCACGUCUUGGAUUCUCCACAGUGUUGGUCUGUGUGUCGGUCAUGUGUGCGAUCCUUGGAGUAGUGGACUCCCAACCAAAGGUAAACCCGUUAGUGGUGUCGCAGCAGUUCCUGUGGGAGUCGAAGCGGUACACGUACCGGAUCCCUGUCAUCACCCAGACGCCAGGCGGCGCUCUUAUCGCUCUCGCCGAGGGACGGAAGUACAACUCCGGAGACACUGGGUCAAAGGUCGUGGAAAUCAGGCGAUCAACAAACUUAGGCUCCACCUGGUCCCCUCCCGUCACCAUCCUGACCGACACACAGUUCAAGAAAGGCGUGAACCUGGGGACGGUCAUCGUCAGUAACGACACGGGAGUCAUCUUCAUGUGGUUCGAGCACUGUAUGGAUGAGCAGCAUGCGUGCGACAGAUCUACACCUUUUCUGAUGAACAGUACGGAUGACGGGCUGACGUGGAACAAGCCCCGGGACAUGUCCGGCGUCGUCGGCGGCGCUAAAAAGUUUGUCACGGGGCCAGGACUGGGUAUCCAGAAGAAGCUGCUUCCCUACAAAGGCCGGCUGAUAACCUGCGGACACGGCGACCACCUGUCGGACGGCGUGUUCUGUGUGGUGAGCGACGACAACGGCGCCUCCUGGCGGAUGGCGGGGGAGAUGCAGAGCAUACCGUUCGGCAGGAAAAAACUAGACGGAGAUUUUAACCCAGACGAAAGUCAGAUUGUGGAGCUCCCAGACGGCUCCCUGAUGGUGAACAUGCGCAACCAGCUCCACUACCACUGCCGCUGCCGCGCGGUCAUGCGCAGUACGGACGGAGGGGAGACCUUCCCUCUGAGGCAGCUGUACAUGGACGACACGCUGGUGGACUCGGCUGUCCAGGCCAGCAUGCUGUUCCACAGGGGCGUGCUGUUCUUCGCUAACCCAGCGAGCCCAACUACACGUGAAGACUUCAAACUCCGCUGGAGCCUUGACAACGGCACGACCUGGCCGGGGCUGAAGACGCUGUGGACUAAGUCUGCCGGAUACUCCUGCAUGACAGUACACGACUCGGUAGACGGCGCUUUUCUAUUCAUCUUGUACGAGAAAGGAACGACGAGCGACUAUCAGUGGAUCGAAGUGAUGAAGCUCAGUAUUUAUGGCCACCUUUGACGUUGAUGUAAAUAAAAGUGCACUAUGUAUAGGUUUAUAAUAGGAAAGUUAAAGAAAGCAACGUAUACAUGUAAAGAACACUUUGGUAGGAGUAUAUGAUGUACAUCAGUGUGUGCAGAAAGUCCCUCCCACCGAAUCCCGUAGCUAGAGUUACCAGACUGAUUGUUGUUCCACCCACAGUUUGUUUUUUCCGUUUUAGAAGUUCAGUCUCCCGGUAGAAACAGAAGAAGGCGGUCCGGAAGCGAGUGUCUGAGGCGGGAGCUACUGGUUCUUAAUCGUUCUGUGCCCUCCCCAUGACCCGGUGAAAAAAAAAAACUAGCCUCUACCAGGCUCCGCCCCCUGGGUUGCUGGAAAAUGCAGUAGUAGAAAUUGGCCCAAGAGACUGAAUAGAAGGCUAGGAGGUCCGAUUCGCAGUCCGUGGUUGCGAAUUGGAUCUUCUAUUAACCCGGCUCUUCUGGUAUGCUAUUCAGUCUAUUUGGCCGAUUUCUACUAUUUUUCCAGUAACACGAGGAGCA